UGCCUCUUUUCUUUUUUUUUUAACCAUGUCUUAUUCUCCCAGAAUCAACAGAGCAGUGCCACCACCACCUCCUAUGCGACAAAACACAGAAAGAAGAACAAUGCCUGCACCACCUCCACCUGUAAAUAACAACAGCAAUAUGAAUUCACCUCUGAAUCGACUUUCUACUAUUCCAGUUCAACCUUCUUAUCAUACUGCAGAUAUUGAAAUACCUGAACCACCACAAACAGAGGCAGGAAAAUGGACAUUUCAUUCCCAAAGAGAGUUUCCACCUCCUCCUUUAUUUGAAAAAAGACUCAGACGUUACCCUACAGGUGCUGAAACUGGUUGUUCUAUACCCAUUGACUUAUCUCAUCUUCAAGCCUAUAGACAAUCCUAAAAUAAACACCUUUUUUUUUGUUCAUCACUACAGAUGAGGAUUAAUGUCUUUUUUUUUCAAUGAUUAUAUGCUCUUUUUUUCUUAAAUAAAAAGAAGCCAGUCAC